GCCCUUCAUAGAAUACUGCAUAUAAGUCACCUCCGGCAAAUGCACCAAUAUUGCAUGGCAUCCUCCUCAUUUGUCAUUCCUUAUAUCAAACAUUCCUAUGAACUUCAAAAUGCUGAGUAGCUCAAAGAUCCAAAACGUCUCUCCAGGCUCUCUUUGCGAUAUAUUUAACCUCUAUCAAACAAAGCCAGAUAACAGGGGUCGCGCAUCGUGGACUAAAGAACUCCCUGAAAAUCUGGUCGAGCCGGCCGAGGGCGCUGAAUCAAGCUCUUACGCGAUCAUUGUGAGAAACAUCAAAUGUUACGAUGGUCGCAAGAGUCUUACGAUUCAUUCAAUUGUACUGCAAAGUGAACCGCUCAAGAAGUUUCUCACUCCUGUAAUGGCGGGAUAUCCAGGACUUACGAUGAGCCUGGACCGAAUCGAGUUCAGCAAGCCAUUCAAACCUUUCGUUCAUCGCUGGGAGAAAUUCACAGCCGCUCGAGAGAGUGAACAAGAUGCAACGACCAAGGCACAUGUCGACCUGCUGUAUGAGCUUCUAGAAAGCGAACUACAUGAUACUAUCUCCAGGAAGUCCGAUCUUAUCUCAAACGGUGUCGUGACUCACGCCUUGCUUUGGACCCUUUUCCAGCCAGGUGACAUCGUUUUUAGCGUCUUGGAUAAUCGACCCCGUGCUUUCAUUUGUGGAACAGGCGAUAUGGAUUCUCGAAGCGGGACGUUCGAACUGAACGGAAAGUACAUCGACUUUGAUGGUGACAAAUUUGGAUUUUCAACAUAUGAGUUCCAACUGGAGGCAUUCGAAGGAACAUGCCCUAUCACAGAUUUGUCUGUGGCACCCCUGGCAUAUCACGAAAACAGGGAUGCGAUUGAGAAAGAAUUAUUAUUGCGUGGAAGCCUCUGGGAGAGCCUGAGAGGAUACCAUUACAAGCAAUAUGAUGGAGUCGGCAAGGGAUACCUUUUCGGUCGUGAGGUAAAACUCAACAUCACAAGUCGCAUUGUAAUUGACACGGCGGCAUAUAUCACGUUCAAUCCUAACGAAGAACUUCAUUUGUCAAAUACCAUCGCGGGAGAGCUUUCCGAGGUCCAAAGGAUGAUAGCCACACCGAUGUUGCGUGGUUAUGCUCUCAAAGACAAGAAAUGGCUCGAGUUCUUUGUCGACAAUGUCACAGACAUUACCUGGAACGCGCAAGCGUUUCAAUCCUUGGUCCUGCCAGACAGUCAGCAACAUUUGAAGAAACUCAUCCUUGCCGUUGCCAAGUCGAAGUCGAAUGGCCUUGAAGUUUUUGAUGAUGUCGUCCAGGGCAAAGGACGUGGCGUUAUUAUGCUUCUCCGUGGUCCGCCCGGAGUGGGCAAAACUUUGACGGCUGAGGGUGUUGCAGAGGUCAUGAAAGUGCCUCUAUACGUUUUGAGUGCGGCAGACCUUGGUACAAGUCCUUCAAGAGUUGAAGAAAGAUUGAAGGACGUUCUCUCUAUUGUUCCCAAAUGGGGAGCUGUCCUUCUUCUUGACGAGGCAGAUGUUUUUAUGGAGGCCCGCAAUUCAACUGAUCUCGCGAGGAAUGAGUUAGUUUCCAUAUUCCUUAGGGUUUUGGAAUACUAUGAGGGGAUUUUAUUUCUCACCAGUAACCGUGCCGAAAACAUGGACCCGGCAUUUGAAUCCCGAAUUCACGUGUCGAUUUGCUACCCGGAACUUACUGAGACAACGAGACGUCAGAUCUGGAUGCAGUUCCUGGCUGCUCCAAACGUGGAACAAUUCUCCAACGAACAGCUUGACGAAAUUGCGAAGUUGGAGUUGAAUGGCCGACAGAUCAAAAAUGUGCUCCGAACCGCCCAUCUGCUUGCCCAAGAGGAAAACACCAGCGUCAGCUAUGAAGAUGUUCAAACGAUCCUGAGUUUGAGAUCCGUUUAGCACCACCAUGGUCAAUUGAGUAUCUGCUUUCUUUCGUAGUGACAUUUCGAACUUGCAGCUCUCAGUUUUUCACAUACUGUAGUGCGACAAUUUUGAAAUUCUGUCUAUUUCGUUUUCACUUGUUUUCCUUUGGUUUUCUUCGGGGGACAGUGCAACUGAUGGCACGGAUGCGAUGACCACAUGAGUCUUUCCUCCCAGCUCGCGCAUGUAUAUCCUCAAGAGCCUACUUUAUGAAAGCUUGCUACGUACUUCGCAAUAAUAUAUGUUUAGGUGAUGAAC